ACAAAAUCUUUAUUUGUUCUUUUGGUGCCCUCAUGGAAACACUCUUCGGUCUCCUCUUCUUCUCUCUCAUUCUCACCUGUACUCAAACCAAAGCUCAAACAGAGGGAGAAGCUCUCCUUAAAUGGAAGAACAGUUUACUAACACCCGAAUCUCUCAAAGACUGGUCCCUGAACAACUUAACACCCUGUAGAUGGCUCGGCGUUACCUGUGACGGUGCUGGCAGUGUCGUGGAGCUCAGUCUGCCCGACGCAAACCUCAAUGGCACUCUCUACGAAUUCAACUUCUCCUCACUCCCCAACCUCACCCUCCUCAAUCUCAGCUCCAACCUCUUAUACGGCUCCAUUCCUGCAAACAUUUCGGCAUUGUCCAAGCUCACCUCAUUAGACCUCGGCCGCAAUAACUUUGAUCACUCUCUGCCACCUGAAAUUGGUGAGCUUUCGGAGAUCAUUGACCUCCGUUUAAACAUCAACAACUUAGUCGGAGAAAUCCCGUAUCAGAUAAGUAAUCUUCGAAAGGUACGGUAUCUUGACCUCAGCGUAAACUAUUUGGAAAAUCCAGACUACGACAGGCUUGUCCCUUUGCCUUCACUCACCUAUCUUUCCCUCUCUGAAAAUAAUCUCACUCUCGGGUUUCCUCCUUUCGUGCUGAAUUGCACGAACUUGAUGUUUCUCGACCUGUCAUUUAACUUGCUGACAGGUCCGAUACCUGAAUCAGUGACAAAUUUGGUUAAUCUAGAGUAUCUGAACCUGACGAAUAAUUUUUUGCAAGGACCAAUUCCAGUUUCCUUAACGAAGUUAUCGAGCCUACGAGAGAUUCGGAUCAGUAACAACAACUUCACUGGAGGACUACCAUCAGAGAUUGGAUCGUUGACCAGUCUCCGAAUGCUUGAAAUUGGCAACAAUUCGUUUGGAGGAGCGAUUCCCUCUUCGAUAGGCCAGUUGAAGAACCUGGAAAGGAUUGAUAUUAAAUUAUCUGAACUCAACUCAACUAUACCUCCUGAACUUGGUUUCUGUAUUAAUCUCCAAAAUAUAGAACUUUCACUGAAUUAUCUCACCGGUGGCUUACCUUCGUCUUUUUCGAACCUGACAAAAGUGACGGAUUUUGGGAUAUCGAGCAAUUUGUUGUCUGGAGAGAUACCCGCAGACUUGUUCAGGAACUGGCAUGGUCUAGUUUCGUUUCAGGUGCAGAACAAUUCGUUCUACGGAACGAUUCCCGCUGAGAUUGGAUUGGCAACGAAAUUGCAGUAUCUGUAUCUUUAUAGUAACAAUCUUUCAGGUUCAAUUCCUCCUGAAAUCGGAAACUUGAGUAACGUGUUAGAAUUGAGUUUAGAAGAUAACGCUCUUUCUGGUUCAAUCCCGGAUGAAAUAUGGAAGCUUAAGACUCUCAGAACAUUGUUCCUUCACACAAAUAAGUUGACAGGUAUUGUGUCAGAUGACCGAAAGAAUCUCACAGGCUUGCCAUGCAUCCGAUAUUUGCUUCUUUCUGACAAUCAUUUCCACGGAAAUAUCCCUCCUUUCUUCUGUAACAUGAUUCUGACAGAAUAUUUGGAUAUCUCAAACAAUCACUUAUCUGGGUAUUUGCCUAAAUGUUGGAGGCAAAUGAAAGUUUUGAAAGUGCUGAACCUCGCAAACAAUAGCCUGUCAGGAGAGAUACCGAGCUCACUAGGCCAUCUGACUUCUCUAUUGUCCCUGCACCUCAACGGUAACAAUUUCACAGGAGAAAUCCCGUUAUCGCUGAGAAAUUGCGAGAAACUUGCAAUUCUUGAUCUCGGGGAUAACCGCUUCCAUGGAAAUAUUCCGUCAUGGCUUGACGCAAGGUUUCCAGCACUGAAGGUCCUUCGCCUAAGCUCCAACGAGUUCAGCGGCAGCAUUCCUCAACAAUUAUGCGAGCUUGUUUCCCUCCAACUCUUGGAUCUUGCAAACAACAACCUUGCGGGAAAAAUUCCUACGAAUCUCAGCAAUCUCACGGCAAUGACUAAAAGAGAAACGACAAUGGGGAACUUGUACAAGCCGUACAGGUUCCCUGACUUCAGAUACGAGGAAACCGUCCCAGUGUCUUCCAAAAAUAGAGAGCUUGAAUUUCACCGUUUAAUUCCACUUGUAGUGGCGAUCGAUCUCUCAAACAAUAAACUCACUCUGGACAUCCCUGAAGGCAUCACAACUCUCUCUGGAUUGAUUUUUCUCAACCUGUCAGGGAAUCAAUUGACAGGUAAAAUACCUGGAAAAAUCGGCGACUUGCACUGGUUAGAAUCUCUGGAUUUAUCACGAAAUCAGCUUUUGGGUAGAAUCCCGCCCAGCAUCUCGGGUAUAACCACUCUGAGUUCUCUAAGCUUUGCGCACAACAAUUUGUCCGGCAGAAUCCCGUCAGGUCCUCAGCUCCAAACACUCGGUAAUCAAUCUUAUAUCGGCAACCCUGGCCUCUGUGGAGCACCACUGACGAAAAAUUGUUCAGGUGAUGAGACCGGAGAACCCCGCGGCAUUGAUGAGGAUAAAAAUGAUGAUGAUGAUGAUGAUGCUGAGAUGAUCAAAGGGGUAUUUGUGUGCACGGCAGCAGGAUUUGUAGUUGGAUCUUGGGGAUUUUGGGGUGCUUUGUUUUUCAAGAAGUCUUGGAGAGUUGCUUGUUUCUCUUUUGUUGAUGAUGUGCAGGAUACGAUAUACAAAUCAAUGACUAUGACUUAAACUAUGUGAGCUACUUUGGAAGCGCA